UAAGAGAAAUUUUUACUGAUUUUUUUCCAUGCUUUUCUGAAUUGGAACCAUCUCUCUUUUAAAGGAUUCUCUGCCCGAGCAUUUUCCUCCUCUACACAUCUCCCCAUAACCAAUCAGCUUCAAAACACACACUAACACACGCAAAUCCACCCACACUAAGAUUCACAAUCUGUUCUUACACAAAAAUGGCCACAAAUCUUGAGUGCCCAGAUGAAGAUUACAUAGACAUGGAAUUAUGUUCAUCAUCCCUAAACUUUGCAAAUUCUUCACCAAAAAGCAGGGAUUUUGAGUUUCAAAUGUCUUCCGUUUGUAGUGAAAAAGACACUACAACUUCUCCAGCUGAUGAACUGUUUUACAAAGGCAAACUUCUCCCUCUCCACCUCCCUCCACGACUGCAAAUGGUGCAAAGUCUCCUUUCCACCACCUCCAGCGGCGGCGGCGCCACCAAUAAAGAGGGUUCCUUCCCAUUCGUUAGUUCUUGUUCUACAGCACCUUGUACCAACACAAACACCCCAUUGGACUCAUGCAACAUUUCUCCUUCAGAAUCAUGUAGGGUGAGUUGUGAACUGAACCCGGAUGAAUAUUUCUUUGAAUGGUCCACUGAAUUAAGCAGUUUCAUAAAAAAUAAUCAUAAUCGUCAUCCGAAAAAAAGUUGGACCUCCAAAAGGCUCAAGUUUUUCAAGCAUUCUAUAUUGGGUACAAAGCUCAAGGCUUCAAGGGCUUAUUUGAAAUCUUUAUUCAGUAAAUCUGCUUGUUCAGAAGCUGAAACCUUGCCCAAAACUGAGAAUUUUUCAAAUAAGUACUUUAAAGUAGCCCAGAAAAAUCCAACAAUAGGUUCUAUAAUCGAGAACAUUGAGAAAGAAAGGAUUGAGGAUAAUGUUCAUAGAAGAUCAUUUUCAAGUGCAAUCAAACGACAUUCUCCAACAAAGUGUUUGUCUUCAUCCUCCUCGAAUUCAUCCUCUGCUUCUUCGUCUUUUUCGUAUAAUUUGAACAAUGUUCAUGAGUUGCAUUUACUCAAGAGGAGCAGUAGUGCACCUGAGAAUGAGGGUUCUAUUGAGGCAGCCAUUGCUCACUGCAAGAAAUCUCGACAGCUUCCGGAUUCAAUAAAUGCAUCAAGGGAUUCUGCAUUUUGCAAAUUUUCAGAUUCCAAGAUUGCAGAUGAUGAGGAUCGAGAAAAAUCACUUGUUCUAUGUUAGCAUUAUUUUACUGUCGUUUGGGUAUAAUUGAAAAGUAAACUCGCAAUGUAAGCUGGUUUUACGGUGAUGAGUUAGGCUCGUGUACUUUUCUCAUGUUAUCCGAGCUUGUGUAGUCGAAGAAAACCUUGCAUUGUAACUCGAUUUAACGAUAAUGAGAUAGAUAAUGUUCCUUUUCA